AACAAAUCAACACUCUUCAUCAUCAAUACAAACCCAACUUCUCAAUUCUCUUGUUUUUUAUCUUACAGUUGCACAUUUUCAUACUAAUUAUGGCUUCCAACUCAAUCAGCACUUCCCGGAGCUCUUCCUCGUCAUGGACAGCUAAACAAGACAAGCAGUUCGAAAUGGCUUUGGCUAAGUACGACAAGGACACUCCUGACCGUUGGCAAAACGUUGCAAGAGCAGUUGGUGGCAAAUCAGCUGAAGAGGUUAAAAGACACUACGAACUGCUCAUUAGAGAUGUCAAUGACAUUGAAUCAGGACGCUAUCCACAACCUAGGUACCGUAACACUAAUUGAAGCCAUUUGAGAUUCCUCUUGAAAAAAAAAAAACAAAAACAAAAUAACUACAUACAUGCCUUGAUCUUCCAGAAGAAGACAUUAAGAGCAUCUAUAAGAAAAGAUAAUUCGAUAUGUUAUUUACUUAUAUUCUAUUGCCUUUUAUUUAUUUCUGUUUGGUUUCCAACUAUGUAAUAAAAUGAUCUCUCGAUUCCAUCCUAAUGUAUUGCAAUCAAUUUCAGUUCUCAUAUAUAGUAACAUUCUCGGAUCAAA